CUGGAGUUGUAGUUGUAGACUGAUUUGAUCACUGCAUCCAGGCAGUAAUGUCUGGCUAUUUGUGUUCAAGGCUUCUCCUUUACACUAGUGGAAAACAUCUGAUCAGUUUCAUUGCUCCCAGCCAGCAUGUUUUAUCUGAUAAACCAUGUAGAACCUGCUGCCCGCAUCCUUCUCAAGCCCGGAGCUUCUCUUCUCGUCAUGGUCGAUCGGAUGGAAGCUCAGGACAGGAAGGAGAAAACACACUGCAUGCUCCAAGACAUGAAGUAGACUUCCAGCUGAGCCGGCUGCAGAUCAACACAGUUCUGCGUGCUAAUGAGCAGGCCGUUCGUAUUCCAGAGUUUGAUGGCCGUAGUGGUCCCAGUCCAGUGCUGAGGUUUGAAAGUAACCAGCUUUCAGCCAAUACUCCACUAGAGGACCGACGCAGCAGUGCCAGCUGCCUCCAGACUCGUGGCUUGCUUUUUGGCGUGUUUGAUGGACACGGUGGACAUGCAUGCGCUCAAGCGGUCAGCGAGCGCCUGCCUUAUUACAUCGCUGUAUCGAUGAUGUCAGAGUCCGUCCUAGAGGAUCUAGAGGCUGCCAUGGAGACCUUACGACCCGUGCCGCCCAUUCUGCAGUGGUACAAGCACUGUAAUGACUACAACUACAGGGAAUCAGCAGCCCUUUAUGUUGAUCAUUUACGUGUUUACUGGCAGGAGCUUCUGUCAAGUGAAGAACAUGGAGAUGGCAUGCGUCCCGCAGAUGCUCUCAUCUAUGCGUUCCAACGACUGGACACCGAUCUUUCUCUUGAGGCACAGGUGCCGCUCGCAAAUGACCUGAUGCGGAACACAGCCAUCCAGGCCGCCUUCGCUGGAUGCACGGCUUGUGUGGCUCACGUUGGACCAGAAGGUGUGCAUGUUGCAAAUGCAGGAGACUGUCGGGCAGUUUUGGGCGUCCAGGAGCAUGAUGGGAGCUGGAGUGCUUUGCCACUCACACAAGACCACAAUGCUGCCAAUGUAGCCGAGGUGGAGCGUGUAUGGCAGCAGCAUCCGGCUAGUGAACGGCAUUCUGUCAUCAUAGAUGACAGGCUGCUCGGGGUCCUGAUGCCGUUACGUGCGUUUGGAGACGUUCGCUUCAAGUGGAGUCGUGAGCUGCAGCAGAGUGUUCUGGAGAAUGGAGACUCUGAAUCAGAAGCACUGAAUCUUUAUCAAUACACUCCACCUAAUUAUCUCACUCCACCUUAUUUAGAGGCGACGCCAGAAGUCACCUACCACCGGCUUCGACCGCAGGACCGUUUUUUGAUUAUGGCCUCUGAUGGGCUCUGGGACGAGAUGACCAGUGAUGAGGCGGUCAGGCUUGUGGCAGAACAUCUGACUGGUAUUCAUCUGCAAGUUCCGGUUUCGGCCAGCCAGCUCAACUUGGGACAAAUGCACCAGCUGCUGCUGCAGCGACGGGCCAGAGCAACACCCGCUUUGGAUUUGAACGGAGCCACACAUUUGAUUCGCCAUGCACUGGGCACAAAUGAGUAUGCAGAGAUGGACCAGGAGAGACUGGCAACCAUGCUGGCUCUGCCUAGCGAUUUAGCACGCAUGUACCGAGAUGACAUCACUGUCACCGUGAUUUAUUUUAACCCUAAUUUUAGCAAAACCGCAAACUAAUAAGUUCCUUACUGUCUUUUAUAUUGUUGCGUAUACUUAAAAUGUCUACAGGUGACAUUAAUUUGAGUUUGCAACAGAUGCUUGCAUUUUGUUUAGGAAAAUGUGAAUGCAGACAAUGGUUUGAGUUUAGUGACUCACUUAACACUUUAUGGGUUACAAAUGUGAAGGUAAAGUCUUAAUCUGUUUAUGUAGUUCUUUCAACAGAUAGAACUAACAUGCAAAUCAAAAAGUGUCUCUAACUAAGGCCAGUUAUUUUUCAGCCUCUUGCAAAUGUUUUAAUUAUCUGCUUUUCCUUAUACCUCACACCUUUUAUGUCUCUGAUGAGUAUAGAUCUGUUCUUGACUGUUUUGCUGAAAUAGUUAAUGUCUAUGUGUCUUUAAUCAUAGUUAUAUUGGGUUUGUCUAGAUCUGUUCAAAGAAGUUGUCAUUUAAAGUGUAUUUUUUACAACACUAGGAUUAGGAUGAUAAAAAUUAUUCUAAUUUAUUCUAUAGAUGUUCCAUAAGACAUUAAUUUUGCUUGCAUAUUAAGGACACUUACUACUUUCUACUGUAUGUUGUUUUUUCUCUGCUUGUGCUUUGAAAACAUUUUCACUUUGCACCUUGUAGUGACUGCAGGUUGUGUCAAAGUGCUACAAUGAGUCACAACUUAAUUCUUGUCAAUGGUUAGACUGAUAAUAUUUGCAGUGCACAGUAUGAAGGUCAUAGGGGCCAAUUUUAUGGAAGGUUGUAUUAUACAUUA